AUGGCGUUGGCAGUGCCGGUGUGGUGGGAAGGUCAUGAGAUUGCUGGUCCCAUACAUGGCGUUGGCAGUGCCGGUGUAUGGGAAGAUGCCGGUGUGGGGAUGAUACUGUCUGCGCGCGUAGGACUUGAUAUGAGAUUUGAGAUUUGUGAGCUACACGUGGCGUUGGCAGUGCCGGCGUGUGAGCUUUGGAGUUCAGUCCCCCGGUUGGACUACUCAUCCCUGGACGCGGGUUCUGGUUCGAAAAUCCUGCGUACCAGCCAACAAUCCCCCGGUUGGAUUGUCUUCCCCGGUACAUUAGUAUGGAGAGAAGUAUACGUUAUAUUAUAG